AUGAGGAAGAUAGAUUCUAGCAAUAAGCUAAUAUUAAUUAAAGUUUUCUUAUAUUUUAUUGAUUUGUUUUAUUGGGUUUCUGGGGUUAUGCUCCUGUGCAUAGGAGUCUCUGUCCAGAUGAAACUCCAUGACUCUUUCGCGGUAGUGAAUGAAGCCUCAUCUGGUGUCCCUGUGAUUAUCACCGUUGUUGGUGGUGUGAUCAUCUCCGUCUCAGCCUUUGGUGCAAUUGCCAUACUGAAAUCCAAUCAUACGAUGAUCAAAGUGUUCACAGGCAUGCUGCUGAUUAUCUUCUUGACUGAAAUCCUAGUUGGCAUCUCUGCCUGUGCUUACAGAGGGAAGCUGCAUGACAACCUAUUGAGAAGCUUCCUGAAGACUCUUGACAAAUAUAACCGAGAAUCCCAAGUAACCAAAGGAGUAGACCACCUACAGGAGAAGUUCCAAUGCUGUGGUGCUCAGAAUUACACUGACUGGUUCAAUACUACAUUUGGAUCUCUCAAUUCAGCUGUUCCAAAUAGCUGCUGCAAGAUUAUAACGAAAAGUUGUGGCAUGAAUCUAAGCAACGAUGCAGCUAACAUUAACCAACAGGGAUGCAUUCAAAAGCUAAAGAAGUGGACUGAAGAACAUAUUGCUCUUAUUGGAGGGGUUUGCAUAAGUGUUGGAUUUGCACAGUUACUUGGGAUCUUAUUUAGCUACAUGCUACUGAGACUAUUUAAUGAAGAUUAUGUGAACUUGUGAGUCUUCAGAAUGAUUGUGCAA